AUGUCAUCUGCAUGCAAUGUGGGGCUGUUUUUAGGCUUCGUGAUGUUCGCCAACAAUCAGGCAGCCAUAAUUUUGGAAGGUGAUUCAGCAGCAGGUCAUCUUAACAGGUCUGAUAACAGAACUGAUCAAAGGGAUAUCGUCGUAAAUCUUCUAAUUUACGCCGAUUACACAGUUUACAGCAGGUGGUUGGAAGUGGUGGGUGAUAGAGGAAAAGCAUUGAACUAUCUGAAGUCAUAUUUUUCUCACGUCACAUCUGAGGCGAACAAGAUAUUUUCAACAAUAGACGAGCCAUCGUACAAGAUUGAAAUCAACCUUGCAGACCUUUACAUUGCGGAGUCAUCCGAAAGCUUGAAUAUUUCUGGGUACCGCACAAACAGCAUUAAAUCUAAAGUUCUGGAUCAACUUAUUAGCUCAUUAGAGGAUUGGGUGAAUAUCAUAGAAGCGAACUUUGAAAACUUCAACGUUUUCGUCUUUUUUACCAAUGAAACUUUGUUGCUGAACGGUUCGGUGGACGGCUUGGCGGUAACCCACUCAGCUUGCAAAAAAAUUAAACCAGUUACAAUUGUGAGAAUGUCUAAUAUAAUUAAAAAUGCAUAUGUUCUCAGCCACGAACUGGCACACGUAUUCGGAGCUUCUCAUGACGGCCUGAAGGGCAACAAUUGUUUAGCGGAAGAUUCUUACGUCAUGGCUGCCAAGUAUAGCGAUAAAAACGCUAUAAAAAAAUUUUCAUCCUGCUCCAAAAAAAAUUUCAAAGAUUUUUUUGAUUCAUUGAAAAAAAACUGCUUGCUGAGAAGCGUUAAUCCUGCAUCUAGAAAUCCUUUCCCCGAGGCUAUAAUGACGUCUCCAGGCAGAGUUCUAGAUCCAAACGUGCAGUGCAAAUUGAUUUUUGGCUCGUACUCCUAUUAUUAUCAUUAUAGUGAUAAGAAUGUGUGUAACGAGUUGACAUGUCGGUUUUAUAAUAAAACAAACUACGUGUACCUUGCCUACCCGAACACAACCUGUGGAGCGCACAAAAGUUGUCAGAACGGUCAAUGCUUGAAUGAUUCUCUAACUGAAAACGAUAAAGAAUCCUGUCUAUACGGGGACGAGCCAGAAGUGUUUGUAAGAGAUUAUCAGAAAUAUUACGAAUGCUCCAUGUUGAAUAGUCGGCUUUGUUAUAUUGGAGAAUAUCAGAGGCGCUGCUGCCAAACGUGUGCAGCGGCUAAAAAUAUUUCAAGACCAGAGAACUGUUGGUACGGCGACAAACUAGAAGACCUGUUAGAAUACAGAAAUGAAUCUUUCCGGUGCUCCAUGAAUAUGAGUGGCUUCUGCUACAAUGAAAAGUAUGCGGAUAAAUGCUGUCAGACCUGCGCUGAUGCCAAAGAUGCAGGAAAUCCCGAUUGUCCUUACGGAGACAUUGCAGGUCCGGUUGAAUUUAACCGAAAGUCACUUGAAUGUUCUAAGGAAAAUUCCGUUCACUGUAAACACCAAACAUACGCAAAGCAUUGCUGUAAGCUGUGCGCUGCUGGUUCCCUCAUUACAAAGAGUUUAUUGUCCAGUGGUUGA